UUUACGCUCCGCUCACCUCACCGCGUAGUAAAGCCUCUCCGCGCCGCGUCUCCGUCACCAGCAGCCGGACUGACAGCACCGCCGGUGGUCCGAGGCCCCUCUCUGAGGCUCCACCGGCCAAAACCGAGACAACUGAGCACGGUUACCGAGCACCACCACCUCCCCCCUCCCCUCUCCGCCCUCCUCUUAACUCUCCUCCUCUUCCUCCCCUGGCUGUUGUUGCGCUUCUGCUGCUGCAGCGUCCAAGUUCAGGUGAGCCUCGUCUCCGAAACAAGUCCGCCUCUCUCUCUCCCCCCUCUCCUCCCUCCUCUCCGGUAGAUGCAACCGGGAUGCUCGCGUCCUCACCGUUAAAUGCGAUCUUAUAAAUGGGCCGCGCAGGAUGUGAAGGCUCCCUAGAAGAAGCAGGAGGAUGGCGAAACCAGGCUUGUCUGCGGCGGUGCUGCUGCUACUGCUGGGCUUCCUCUCAGUGUCCUCCGUUCAUGCCGACACCCUGCUGUCAGCGCCGCUCAAUGUGACCAUCAGAGAGCUCGAGGUUAACUCUGCCGUGGUGACGUGGGAAAUCUUGGAGGGAGACCCCGUCAUCGGAUUCGCCAUCACCCAACAGAAGAAGGAUGUACGAAUGUUGAGGUUCAUCCAAGAGGUGAACACCACCACGCGCUCCUGUGCACUUUGGGAUCUGGAUGAGGACACCGAGUACAUCGUCCACGUUCAGAGCAUUAGCAUGGGAGGAAGCAGCCCCCCCAGUCAGCCUGUGCUAUUCAGAACGCCUAAAGAGUCAGAGAAGAUGGCAUCCAAGAGUCCUGACGAGGUGAUGAUGGAGGAGGUCGGUCAGGCCGCCCAGCUGAGGGCCGGAGAACUCAUCAUCAUUGUAGUGGUGCUCAUCAUGUGGGCAGGGGUGAUCGCCCUGUUUUGUCGCCAGUAUGACAUCAUCAAAGACAACGAGCCCAACAACAACAAGGACAAAGCCAAGAACUCCUCAGAGUGCAGUACUCCUGAGCACCCACAGGGGGGGUUACUGCGCAGCAACGUCUAAGACCAGCCCUGCACCGCCUUCUGCAAUAACCAACUCCUCAAACCUCAGGACAGACCCUGAGACCAACAGAAAGCCAUUCUCAGAAAAUAAACUGAAGAACAGAUAAAUCAUUACAGACACUCUUCUUGACACAAUGGAGCACUCUACAAAUACAACAAACACAAACCUGAACUUGUGAAAUCAAAGCCUGCAGAGUGUCAAACAGGAAGCAGCAGAGGAUAAAACUGCAUUCACUUUUGUUGUGACCAAAACUGGACUGUUGCCAACUUGCAGCCAAUACACACACAAAGACAUAAAAUGGCUGUCGAUCGAUUUCUUCUUGACAAGAACUGCUUGAUUCAUGCGUUGUGGUUACUGCUCAUCAGUGGCAUCGAAUACCAGGAGAGGAUCAUCAAACAUAAAUGUCAACUUCAGGUUUGUAUAAAUGGUCGGAGAUGGCAGAAAGGAAGGCUGCCACACAAGGAUUGCUGGUCCAAGUACCAGUCAGCACACAGCAACACAAGUUAAGCUCUGUUUUAAACAAAAGACUUUCUCUUUUUCUAUCUGUCCAUCUGCCAUUACCUCCUUUCUGUCUUUAUUACAGCCCUCUGUGUAGCAGCUCAUCUCUCUCCCUGUCUUUCUGUGUCAGUGUCUCUCUAAUAAGCACAUUGCUGUUUGGUGCUCCUCCUGUUGUGAUUGCCUGAGCCCUUACAAUCCCAGUCUCCAUUACAAUAUGAUUUUAUUGUUGGGUCAGAAGUAUUGCACAUUGGGUUUUGUCUCCUGCAUUUCUCUCUCUCGCUCUCUUUCUUUGUCAUCAGUUAAAUGAUGAAAUCUGUUUUUCUCUCUCCUCUCUGAACUGGUAUGCAAACUCCUUUGAAAGUUUAAUAUAAAAUCUGGCACAUUUUGUGCAGCACCUCCUGUAUUUGGUUCCCAUGAGUUGGGUAACAAUGAUUAAUACGCUCAUGAUUCAAGCAAAGUUUAAGGAUUAACCAGGCAAUCUCAUCCAAAUCAAACGAAUGUAACAAUUUGUUCUUUUAAAAUCCAGAGGUUACAUCAGUCGAGUUUUUUUCUGGAAGAAUAGCGUGGCGAAGAAGUAGCAGAUUUAGGUUCAUAUUGAGGUUUAGUCUUCAACACUGCAUAUUCAACACCAUAUGCUAUCUGUGGUCUGCAGCAGGAUGUGCAGGGAAUAAGGAUGGAGAUAGGCAGGGCACCAUUCCUAAUGAAAUGUCUACACUGGGCAAAGUUUGGCUGAGUUUCUAGGCUGGUUUGGCUGAAGACCAGCGGGGAUGCCAGGAAGUAGAAGCCCAGAGAUGAUGCACUCAGCUCUGUGGCUGAAACCUGUUUUUAAAUCCAGUCCCUCUUUGCAGCUAUCAUUAAGAUACUAAUAUGUGACAUGAUGCUACAAUGGAAUAGAGGAAAAAUAAUACAUAAAAUCCAGAUAUAAAUGCACCAAAGAUGCACUAUAGAUUGCCCAGCACUAUGAAGAACUCUGCUGGACUGACACUACUAUGAAAGCUUACAUGAAGAUAUAGGAUACAGAUGUUCUAAUAGAUGAGAUUCUUUUCUUUUCAGUCAAGCUUUCAAAUGUGGACCAAGCAAACUGUUGAUUUUCACCACUGAAACAAGUGUCCUGAAACGUACAGUAAAUAUUACUAAAGCUAACUAAAAUGUGAUCUAAUAUUCAUUAACCUCUUUGGAUGAGGGUGAAGAGAUUUUCGAUGAGGCAGAUUGUCAUCUAUCUUUCCUAGCGUUGCCUUUGAGCUGAUAAAAGGCUGACAUGGUUCCAGCUGUCUCGUAAGCACAGGGUUGCAGGAUUCACAUGCCGCCUUGUGUUUUCUUUUGGGUGCUGUGUCGCAGAUUAACGUUUUGUGCUUUCAAUAGUGAAAUGUUUUCACAGAAGACUUGGCUGACAUCUACUUCCAGACAAGCACAACUUCUUCACUAGUCUCAUGGUUUCACUUUCUUGGAGUGUUUGUGAGGUGGGACAGGAAGGAGUGACAGCUGUUAAUAGUGACAAAAAAUGUCAAACUGAAAAAAGGUCAAGAUAUUCUUUGCAUCUGCAGCAGGGAGUUUUACAUACAGUCCCAGAAAUGAUGUUAACUAGUAAAUCAGAAAAUAGAUGAGAAAUUUAGACAGAUAGAUGCAAUUUACCAGCCUCCAACUAGACGUCUUCUGUUGAUUCUACUUCUGCGAGUCUCCUGAUCUACAAUGAAAUCUGGCAGUCUAAAAAAGUACUCAAGUCCAAAUUUAUUCCAAGCCUCUAGCAGCCAAAAGAAGUCUUUCUGUAUUUCAGGUGUGUUAUCAGUUGUCCUUAAGGCUCGUUAAUUUUAGUCAAGGUCCCCAUGUGGGACAUUAUAUAUAAGACUGACUAAUUCAUUGUAUAAACUGUUUCUUUCAAAAAAAUCCAUGAAAAGACAAAGUCAGUGACUGAAUAAAUCUUACUAACAAAUGUUGUCUGUGUAGCCGAAGCCUGUGAUAUGCAUCUUAUUCCUCUGCGCAGCACAGCUUCAUUGUUAUUUAAAAACUGUUAUUAAUACAUCAGUGAGCCACAUUGUCGCAGUGGGUGACAUAUUCUUACGGUAGCGCCAACAUGGGCACUAUCAUUUCUACUGAGUCACUUCCUCAGCAUCCUGAUGCUGUAGAAACUCACCAAAUGUGCAGCUGAAAACAGUCCCCAUCAAAUUUGUUUAAAGCUACAGUACCCAGAUGUUUUAGGAAAUUACACACCAUUUAAAAAAAAAAGAUAUGUGGGUGCCAUUUUUUAAAGGUUUGUGUCAUCGGCAGGAACAGAUGGACAACAAAUGAGCGCUUGUGUGUGACUAGGAAACAGAUUGUUGGUUUUCGUCUUUUCUUGGGAUUUGUUGACAAAAAGAAGCUGCAGAAUAACAACAGCCUAAUUCCCAAACAAAGAAACAAAUGGAUAGAUUAUUUAAAAUGAGGAAAACCAUUAUUUAGUUCUUAAGCACACCAAGACAGCUUACUGUGCAUAUGCUUCCCACUUAUUCAGUUAUAGCUUCAUCAAGGGUUUAUGUGAGGAGGCGAAUGACCUCAUGGCAUCAUCCAACUAAAGAUAACGCUUCAAUUUCUUCUUUGGGGCUUCCCGUUCAAUUACGUUGAGUUAUCUGCAUAGUUGCAAACAUAUUGGAUCCCAACUACUAACUGAUACUGAUACUCAUCAGUUGAGUUCACUCAAGGAGUCUGACAGAAAAAUCCUGCGAAGCUGAACUCAGCAGAGUUUCACCCUUAUUAGAGAUAAUGAGUGAAUAUCUGAAUGGCUCUGUGGUUGAGAUGACUGUUAAUCAGCUGCACAUACACACUCCCGCUGAAUCUAAACACAGCCCUGCGUAUUUAAAGUGCCCUGCGCUGAGAGAGACGGCCAUUACGUUCUCAUCUCAAUCAUCAGUCCUGUGAAUACACGUCACCCUCACCCUGCCAUCCAUUUUUCACCCUCUCCGUCCUUUACCAGCCGUCCUCUUUACUCCUCUGUCUCCAGCCACCCUCAUCCACCUUCAUUCUCCCAUUUAUGACUUCACCCUCUCUUUCUAUCCCUCUGUCGCAAUGCUCUCUUCCUCAUAUAUCACUCCAACCUUCCUCGUUUCUCCCCUUCACCGGUCUUGUCCUCACUUCUCUUCCCUCCCCAGCUUCCCUAUCCCCUGGUUCUCAUUAUAUCCGCUCGCAGAAUCCCGUUAGCCGCCUUCUCCCUCUCCGCAUCAGCUCUCAGCUCUCUUAUUCGGCCCCGGCCCACUGCCUAUUCCUCACUCGUCUGCUCAUUUAUCACCUUUUCAUCUCAGACUGCUGGGAUGGACACUUUACCUGGUAAACAAGUAGGGGGAAAAUAGACAAGAGGGAGAAGGUGGAAGAGAGAUUCAAUGAAAGAGGAUAGGGAGAGGUAAGAUGGGUAAGGAAAAAGCAGCGCUUUUUACACCAUGUUGAAGUGGAGUCAGUUGGCAGUACUUAAUAUUUUUACAUCUUCCCAGCUUUUGCAAGCCUAAAAAACCAAGAGUGAGAGUAUAAGGAGCAAACUAAAGUGUGUUUAUCUGCUGUAAUGUAAGUGUAGAUGUUGACAUGUCUGGCUCUCAGCUUGUUCCAGACCAGCACAUCAACUGUGUCGCCUUUUCCCACUGAGGGGACAGCAUCAGAGUUUAGGCUUUUGUUAGGAGCUCUGUUCUUCACUUUAUUGGAUUUGGGGAAGCAACACAAGCUAAUAGAAGCUGUUGCAGUGGGAUAGUGCCAAACACACCGGUUAGUUAUAAUCCUAAAAGCCUUUUUGUCCUGUGAAAAUAUGAACAAGUUUGCAAGCUAAGCAGCCAAACAAAGUUAGGUUUAAAAGGAGAAACAGUACAGUCUUCCAUCUUCCUUAUUAAUACUAAUAUAAUUGGACUAACAAGCUUUAGACACCCCCCCCCCCCCCCCCCCCCCCCCCAGUGUUUUAAUUUCUCAUCGUGUGACAUACAGGUGUACCACAGGCUACAGGCUUUAAACAAUGCUUUUACUUAUUCUUUCAUGUAGAAUGAAGGGAAGAAGAGAGAAAAGAACAAGUGUAUAAUAAAGUGUCUCUAAUGUUGUUUUGUCUAAUAACUCAAUCCGAGUGCAGAAAGAAAUCAUCUGAGGUUGAGAAUACCAAAUAAAGUGUUUUCCAAAGGAGACAGAGACAGAAACAGCAGACUUGUAAUUCCUCUGAAGCACAUGAUACUUGAGGCGGUGACAGAAGUGGGGCACCAUGACCAGCACAGCAGAAUUAAAGACUAAGAAUGUCCGACAAAGUAGACGCCGGGAAAGUGAAUGUCAAACUUUUCCCAAAGGGAGCGUAGCUGGUGGCGUCUGAGGGAGCCUCUUAGAAGCUGGAGUUAGAAUGAUUGUUGCUGCUCCGUCUGCACAGGUGGACCAGCUGAAAGCAGGGAAAGGAUCCACUCAGCAAGUUGGGAAAUAUUUUUAAAUCGCUCUUGUUGUCUGCCCUGUUUUUAGUCUUCUAUUGUGAAGAAAAGAACAGGCCAAGGAGCAGAGUCUUAUUGUGCAGAUGUAGUCAUGAAAACUCUAAAUUAACAUACAGGUCUACAUUUGCAUCUUCGUCUUUAUCUUCAUUAUUUAUAGCACUCAUUGAAAGUCGGCUGCUUUCGCCUUUGUUCUCAAGUUCUCCCUGAAAGUCCACACUUUGGUGAAUGUGCUUUGCCAUCAAAACCAGUCUGAUGUGAAGGAGGCUAGCAGCCUGUCUUUGCUUCUAAAGUGUGAAUCACCACAUGCAUCCCUAAUUUGGAGUAACAGUCAAUCAGAUCUCUGUAGGCAGGGUUAACACACAGGACGUCACCUGCUUAGCCAGCUAGCUACACCUGGGAAAAAUAGCAAUAGAAAAAUAGCAACAGAAAGCAGGCAUGAGACUGACACAGCUGCACAAGCUGUUGCAAGUCAACCUGCAGAAAUAACUUCUAAAUUGGUGUAUUUUUCCAAAGCUGGUAACAUGUCAGGCUGAAUGCUCCUAGCUACUGCUACAGUGGCUUCCACAUGAAUUGAAUGUGACACUGCAGGACAGAAGCUCUACUCAGUACUGAUUGUUUUGGACAAAAAAGACAAUGUGUUCUGUAUAAUCUAUAUUAUCACUAGAAACAAAUCUCUGAAUUUGCCUUUUCAGUUCGAUGACCACACCAAGGCUAACCAUUUCAGAAACCCAUUUGUUUUGAAGAUGAUCUAUUUAUUAAUGGGAGUAUGAUUUCAGUUGGACUUUACCUACUGACUUAAAUUACUGCUAUCGUAAUUAGCAGCUGCAACCUUUCUUGUCUUUGGAAAUCAAAAUAACUCUGUACUUUCUUUUGUGACCGAUCAAAGGAAGCAAACUGUUAAAAACGUUGUUCUUGCCACACACACGACAACUGAACUUUCCAGUUAAACUGGCUGCUUGGAGGUAGACAUCACCGGCAUCACUGAGUGUUAAUCUUAAGUAGAGGUUGAUGAAAGUACAGAUGUGCUUAGUGACUGUAAUACUAUUGAGCCUGAAGUGGUAAUUUCCCUGUACCGGUCUAAUCUCAGCACACACACACACACACACACACUUAAACACUCAGUCAUCCACCAAGUCCAUUCUCCAACUGGCUGCAGUCCAAACUGACACACUGAGGGAAGCAGCAGAAGGCAGGUCUGGUCCAGACAGCUCAGUCUCUGUCUAUCUGAGGCUGCAGGAGGCGACUGAACAGCUGCUCAAGGUGAACAUCCAAUGAGGCAUGUGCAAAUAUGGAGUCUGAGACUAGGAGAGAGACCUAAAGACAGACAGAGGAGGAGAGAGAGACACACACAGGGGGGAAGAUGAGUCAGAGAAUCAGAGGGAAUCAAAUCGUGAGUGACAGACACACAGGGGCAGAGAAUAUCAUUGCACCCGGUGGGGUUUGCAGUGGUAAAGUUACACAUUCAGUCCAGUCCUGAUGAGGUGUUUGAAAGUUAACAGGGAGGUCUGUUGGGCGUGGCAUGAAGUGAAUUUGGACAUUUACAAAAUGCAUUCCAGCAAAAGAAGGACAAAAAGUCGCAUCAUAGAGGAUCUGGACAAAUAAUAUCAUAUCAGUCAUCCAUCAUUUCUCCACAUAGAGAGUCUGGUAGCAAAUAAUAUUAUGCAGCAGGAGACUUUUAUUAGGUGCUUGCUCCCUCUUACAGCAUCUCCAAAGUAAGAUGUUUAUAUGAAUGUUUUAAGCCCUCAGUACUGAUACAACUGUGUGAUUUAAGUCUGAUUAACAUGAGAAAUGUCCCAGUAGUGCAAUUAGUCCCAGUACAACACCACAAGCUUCUCAGUAACCCCAGCCUUAAACCAAACUCCUGCUCAUCAUGUUCCAGUGGAAGCCUGUGAUAUGGCUGAAAUGGUCCCAUUCCCAACUGGUCUGCCUGUACUGUAGAUGACUGGGUGAGGGAGAACCUUGAGUAUCAACCUAAGGCCCUACAUAGAGUAGUAAAGAACAGGGCCGUUUACUUAUGGUAUAUAUUUGUACUUUAUGUCAAAGCAAAUAACCAAGAAGCAUGGAUUUACAGCAGAAUAAUGGAGUCAGUGUUUUAUGUACAAUCACUACGUCUGUGUUGAACCAUUUUGAUGUUCAUGGGAUAAAACCUGUUCAUGAGGGCUAGCAUGACUCUGCUAUUGUUCACACCCAUGGUAUAUACACUACCAGUCAAAAGUUUGGACACGCCUUCUCAUUCAGUGGUUUUUAAUUCAAUUAUUUUCUAAUUAUGUUGUAAACAAAAAAUGGUAUUCUUCAGUAUGAAUCUACAAUGCAGAAAAUAAUACAAAUAAAUAAAAAGCAUUGAAUGAGAAGGUGUGUCCAAACUUUUGACUGGUAGUGUAUAUAUACUAUUUCUAUGAAAAUAUAAAUGUCUAAUUAUGUAUUAACACACAAAAGAAAUAAAAUAUUUUCAAUGCAUCA